AUGAAAAACAUAAAAUACCCCCUCCCGUCUCUUAAGCUCUACAAGUUUGCUUUAAAUUUCGAAAGCAAAGCAUCACACGCUGUUUUACUGACAGCAACGACCCACAAUAAGUUUCGCCGGCGUACGAGGAUAUGCAUCCUCUCUUUGCUAUUCCUCUCUGUCUUUGCCCCGAUCCUUUUGCUCUACGAAUCAAAGGGAUUUAUUGAAGACUUAUCAAGUUUUAAAGGCAGGAGGGAUUUGCUGAAGCUGAAUCUAGUAAAGCAGGAGGAAGAUGAAGGCUUUAGGGAACCCAUCUUAAAUGUGUACAAAGAUGUAAAUGUUGAUCCGCUUGUUAGUUUCGGAUCCCAAGAUGUGGAUAACAAGUCUGAUGAACCCAUAAUCGGCAAAAACACUGAUUUCAUAGAACAAAAUGAAGGAGAUUCUGAUGUGAAAGGAACUAAUGGACAGAGUCAAGAAGAGAAAAUGUUGUUAUCUCCAGGGAGAAAGGGAGAGAUUGGUCGUGCAACACUUGAACAUGAUCAAGGAAGAAGGGCAAUGGAUAAGAAAAUCAAAGAGAUGAAAGAUCAAUUGAUAAGGGCUAAAGCUUACUUAACUUUUGCAAUACCUGCUAACAAUGGUCACUUAAUAAAGGAAUUAAGGUUACGAAUUAAAGAACUAGAACGUGCCAUGGGAGAUGUGACCAAGGACUCAGAUUUAUCUAAGAGGGCUGUUCAGAGAAUGAGGGCCAUGGAGGUUUCGUUGCAGAAAGCUGGGAGAAUCUAUCCUGAUUGCUGUGGCAUGGUGAAGAAGCUUCGUGCUAUGACUAACAAUGCUGAAGAAAUGGUUAGAGUACAGAAGGAGCAAGAAACGUUUCUUAUUCAGCUGGCUGGAAGAACUACACCAAAGGGGCUUCACUGUCUUUCCAUGAGGCUUACAGCUGAAUAUUUUGCUUUAAAACCUGAAGAAAGGGAGCUCCCUAGCAACCCAGAUGUACUUGUACACAAUUCAACAGAUGUUUAUCACUUUGCUGUGUUCUCUGAUAAUGUUCUGGCUUCUGCAGUGGUGGUGGCAUCCACCAUUUCCACCGCAAAGGAACCCGGGAAAAUUGUGUUUCAUGUGGUGACAGAUUCUCUCAACUUUGCAGCAUUUUCCAUGUGGUUCUUAUUUUUACAUCCUCCUGGAAAAGCUACAGUCCAGAUCCACAACAUGGACAAUUUUGAUUGGUUAUCAACUAAAUACAACCCACCAAACACCCAGGGCCAUGAAUCCCAGGACCCAAGAUACACUUGUGCUCUGAAUCACCUCAGAUUCUAUCUACCACACAUCUUCCCUACACUCAAUAAGAUUCUCCUCCUUGACCAUGAUGUGGUUGUACAAAAGGAUUUGACUUCUCUUUGGCGGGUCAACAUGAUGGGAAAAGUCAACGGGGCAGUCAACACCUGUCAGGGACACGAUCCCGCAUUUCGCCGAAUGGACUUGUUAAUCAAUUUCUCGGAUCCCGUUGUUGCAACUACUUUUACAAACCAACCAUGCACAUGGGGGUUUGGUGUCAAUUUGUUUGAUAUGCGAGAGUGGAGAAAAAGGAAUCUCACCACACUUUAUAACAAAUACCUACAACUGGGGAAAAAGAGGCCGAUAUGGAAAGCGGGUAGCUUGCCAUUAGGUUGGCUGACAUUUUACAACCAGACAAUGGAUUUGGAGCGAAAAUGGCAUGUUCAUGGAUUAGGGUAUCAUUCUGGAAUCAAGAAGGAAGAAAUAGAGCAGGCAGCAAUUAUACACUAUGAUGGGGUCAUGAAACCAUGGUUAGAUAUUGGCAUUGAAAGAUAUAAAACCUAUUGGAGGAAACAUGUCAAAUACGAUCAUCCAUAUCUGCAGCAGUGCAACAUAGGGUAGCGCAUAGCUUCAUAUAUUUCUCACCAACACCCAAAAUUCUUAUUAAACACAUUUUUCCUCUUUUUCAUUCUUACACACUAACAUCCGUCAAUCCAUAGUUUUUUUUUUUUUUUUUCACGACACAAUGGAU